AUGGAAGAAGAGAAAAAAGAAAAAUGCUCAAGAAAAUUAGAUUUCAGUGCUCCUCUUUUAUCAACUAGGCGUCCUAUUGAAAAAUCAUUGUCUAGCUCCAAUAAUAUCCCACCUCAACUUUCAUUGGAUAUUUUUAAUAGAGUGCCAUUUUCUUGGGAGCAAAGUCCUGGAAAACCAAAGGAAAUGGUGACAAACAUUAUUGAAAUUGUGCCACCUCCAAAAUUGCCACCAUGUAUGUGGCAUACAAGAAAAGAAUUAGCUACAAGUACUACCAUAUCCUAUGAUGAGGUAUGCGAUGGUGAUAUCGACAACGAUGAUCAUGACAAUUAUGAAGAUGAUGCUAGGAAUAUUAUUGACAACCAUGAUGUUUUCUCAGAUGCUCUUGAUGUUUUUUCGUUGGGGGAGUCGAUAGAUGACAUGAUUGAAACAGACUAUAGGGAAUCAAAUACUUCAACAAAUAAGGAGGUUGUUGAGGAGCCUUACUAUUAUAAGCCAUCAGUACCAAAUUUCAUUAUACAGAGAUUUCUUCAAGAUGCAAAGGAACUAGCUAUUUCAACUGCCUUGGAAAAUAGUAGGAAGAAAUUACUAGAGGAUGAACAAAAUGGAAGACCAUGUAAUUUUUCUCCAAAGGCAGCAUCAUGUGGAUUUGACAUGUUUAUUCCAUGGAAAAUUAAGCAUAAGCCAUGUUGUGUGAAGAAUUCCGUAGUGGCAGCUUCUCCAAGAAUGAGACCUCAAUGGAGCAAUAGAGACAAACACGCACCAGAUGCGGAUCCAAAAUUUUAA